AUGCGCGCCGAUCGACCGGGCAACAGCCGCGCAGUGCGCAGCAGCUGGAAUUGCGUCUUGCCAGAUGCCUCGGUGACGAAACAAGGCGUUGUGGAGGAAGUUCCGAUCCCCUUCAGUGUCUUCCCGUCUGCGUAUCGGAACGCGGUCAUCCAGGAGACCACCAGCACAAAGGUAGAAGGCGAAGUCAAGCUACCUGAGCCACAAGCACACGGACGGGAAGGUCACGAAGAGACGCACGAAUCCUUCUCUGCCACCGUCCACCAGCACCAGCACCAGCACCAGGAGCAGCACCAGCACCAGCAACAGGAGCCCCAGCCAGCCCAGCAGCUUCCCCGUGACACGCACAUCAAGGAGGAGGUCCGCAUUUUCGAAGAACGCCGUCGCCCCCAGCAGCAGCAGCAGCAGCAGCCGCCGCCGCCGCCGCCGCCGCCGCCCCAGCACCACGAGGAAGUCCACAUCCACGAGGAAACGCGCUACCGCCAGCCCGAGCGCGCGCAGUUUGACCGUCAGUCUCAGUUUGAGUCUCGCCAGUCUGACCGCUUCCCGCCCCAACCUUCUGCCACCCACUCCCACAUCCACUCCCACUCCCACCUCGACAUCAAGGACCGCUCCUACGACAGACACUUCGACACUGUCCACGGCCCUGCCACCGACUACGCGCCCACCCAGAUUGACGUUUCCGAGCGCCAAUUCCGUGAACGCACCCGCCCCAUCGUCGAGGAUUCUCGUGUCACCCGCGAGACCUUCACUGCCAAGCACCAGGACACCGUCGACCGACGCUAUCCUGAGGUCCGAGUAGAGUCUUCUGCUCGUUCCACUGCCGACGCCCCCAAGCACCGCCGCCUUUCUAUGGGAUACUACGACAACGAAGGUCAAUACCACUCGUUCCGUCACGGUAUCUCCGACGCUGCCCACAAAGUCGCCCACAAGGUUGCUGAACGCGUAGCCCACCCCAUCCACCCCCACCGCCACCACCACCACUCCGACUCGCACUCCUACGCCGGACACAAGUACUCCGACGACAAGGAAGAGAUCAUUGUCAAGGAGAAGUACACCACCAGUGCUCCUUCUCACGUCUCUGCCGCUCCAUCUCACGCUCCCUCGCGCGCUCCUUCGCACGCUCCCUCCCACGUGUCUGCCGCCCCCGCCCCUCUUCCCAGCCGCCCCGUCUCGUCCGGUGCUCCUGUCCAGAGGCCCGUCCGUGUCAGCGCUCCCGCUCCCGCAGUUACUCCUUACGUCCCGGCCGCUCCCGCAACCGCACGCAAGAUGGCUUCCGCUAACACCAUCACCAUCCCCUGCCACCACAUCCGCAUUGGCGAUCUCCUGAUCCUCCAGGGCCGCCCUUGCCAGGUCAUCCGCAUCACCACCUCCUCCCAGACUGGCCAGCACCGCUACCUUGGUGUCGACCUCUUCACCAAGCAGCUUCAUGAGGAGUCCAGCUUCAUCUCCAACCCCGCCCCCUCGGUUAUUGUCCAGAACAUGCUCGGCCCUGUCUUCAAGCAGUACCGCGUUCUCGACAUCCGCGAAGACGGCCGUGUUGUUGCCAUGACCGAGUCUGGCGAUGUCAAGCAGGGUCUCCCCGUCCUCGACCAGAGCGGUCUUGCCUCCCGUCUUGCCGAGGCCUUCGACAACGGCCGCGGCUCCGUCCGUAUCCUCGUCAUCAAUGACGACGGUCUCGAGAUGGCUGUUGACUACAAGGUCGUUCACGGCUCCAGGCUGUAA